UAGUUGCAAAGAUUCUGCACAUUAUAUAUAUAUACAUAUAUAUAGAGUCUUGUUUUCUGUGAUUGAACUAAUACUAAAGCUGGCUGUACAAGAGUUUCUUACAACAGAAAAUCAAAUGUUAGUAUUUGCUUUGAAAUUAGCAGUUUCUGGUUAAAAAAGGUCUACAUGAAUUUGAGGUAGUGACAAUAUUGAAAACAGCAAAUGAAACAUCUGGUUUAAGUAAACAAUGUUAACAGUCCUUUCUCAAAAAUAGAAACAAAUUGAAGGCUUAUUAGUCCUGUUUGGUUCUUGAUUUUCAAGAUUUUUCAAUCAAUUGUUUCUAAUCUGUAGCUGGUACAAUUGACAUCAAGGCCGACUUUGCUUUGGACUCAACAACUAGUCCAGAGUUUAUUCGAGUCAUUUGACAUUAUCGAGCUGUUGUGUCCUAGAAGGGGACAAGUCAGGAGUAUUAUUGCUGGAUCAUUGAAGAUUCUACCACAUUGAGCUUGAAUAUCUUUAAUAUCCGCGCCUCAGCCUAACGAAUAUUUAUUUAUUUUUCUUCAUUUUAAUUAUUUUUCAACUGUAAUUUCUUGUAUUUUCAUUAACCACUUUUGAAGCCAAGAAAACACAUAUACAAGGUUUUGAUCCAGGCUAUUGAAUAUAAGGGGGAAUUCAGAAAGUUUUAAUUGCCCUAUUAUUGUUAGCAAAACACCAGAACAGGUACCAGCUAGAUAAAUGAGAAAAAAUUAUUAUGAUUUUGGUGAUGGAGAAAUUGCAGCAGCAAUUGCAGCUUCUGCAUUUGCUAUAUAUUCCCUUGAAGAAAAUGCUGGCUCUCAAUAUCAGACAAAAACGAGAGGACCCGUUCGGCCUGCAGAAGCAGCUCCAACGAAAAGGCCACCGAUGCCAAAUGGUAAAAUGUCACCAGCAAUAACGACCAUAACUCCUGCUGCUAAUGAUAAAAUUCAAAAUGAAAUUUCAAGAGGAAACAGAAAGGCUGAAAACAAAGCUGAUGCUUGGGAGAAAGCUCAGACCGCGAAAAUAAGGAAGCGACAUGAUGAACUGCUUUCUGCACUUCUUGCUUGGGAGAAUGAAAAGAAGAUGAUAGCAAAACAACAAAUGGAAAGGAGAAAGAAUCAAUUGGAGCUUGCUAUGAAAAGGAACUUGCAGCAUUACAAAAAUAAACUAGCAAGGAUUGAUCAGAUUGCUAAAGGAGCAAGAACACAAGCAGAAGAAAAAAGAAGAUAUGAAGAAUCUAUUGUGAAAGAAAAAUCAAAUAAGAUUAGAUCAACAGGAAGCGUCUCUGUUAAAUGUUACUGCUUCUAAGUGUAAAAAAGUAUGAGAUCUGAAUAUGAAAAUUGAAAUCCACUGAAA